GUUGUUUCUAUUUUUAUGAAUAAAUGCCUUGAGCCUGUCGUGUUCUAUUUCAUUGAUGAAAUGAUCGAUAGAAUCGAUUGCGCAAUAGAACGAAUUGGGAAGAGCGUGUCGAUUAGUUUUUUUUCUCUCGAUUUUCCGGUUAUUGACAUGAAUUUAUUGGGUGCCUUCUUAUCACAAUGGUGAUAGAUUGCAGCACGAUAAGGACACUUGAUUGUUCAGUUGUGAGGAUAAUAUAGUGUAUGGAGAAACAUCGCAUGAUAACUUUUUUUAUGAUUUUUUUCGCCGGCUCGAUUAGACAUGAUUAGUGAGAGCGAUAUUUAGUUCUUCAGUUGGAAAUCUGCUAGAUCUUGUGGAGACAUCGCUCAUACUCCAGUAAAGAAUAUGGGGAUUUAAUUCGGUCCUUUGUUUACUUCCAGUGAAAUAAUGAGCUCCCUUGUCCUCGUGGAAUGUUUCUGAAGCUCGAGAUUUUGAGGAAAAAAAAGGUGUCCUCGUGCGCCGUGUAAUCGUCAGUCGACAAUUGGCUAUUGCAGAGACAUACGACAAUUAACAAUAAUUCUGGUUUAAUUUUCGCUGUGGAGAUUCCGUGGAACUCCAUCAGUUAGACUACAGUCGUCUGAAUAAUGAUGAUGUCGACAAUUGUUAUUAUACUCCUGGGACUCGUUGGUGCAUCCAGAGGGUUCACUGGUCGAGGUGUCAUGUAUCCAGGGAGAACUGAUCUCUUCGAGCUUCCCAUUAUCCACAUAAAUGACUUUCAUGCGAGGUACGAGGAAGUGGGCCCAUGGGCUGGUACUUGUCAUCGUGACGAAGGUGAGGAGUGCGUUGGUGGCCUUCCUCGGCUCUUAACAGCAAUUAAACAAUUGUUCGAGGAGCGAGGACCCAAUUCUAUUUUUCUCAAUGCGGGAGAUCAUUACCAGGGGACACUUUGGUACAAUGUCCACAAGUGGAAUGCCACUGCUGUAUUCCUCAACAUGUUGCCACAUGAUGCCAUGACAAUUGGAAAUCAUGAGUUCGACGACGGAAUCGACGGACUCGUGCCUUUUCUAAAAAACGUCGAAGCACCAGUGGUUGUUACUAACAUUGAUUACACCCAUGAACCAAGAAUGCAGGGUUUAAUGAAAAACAGUACAAUAAUAACGAGAGCCGGCAAGAAAAUCGGGGUGAUAGGAGUUAUUUUCCAGGGAACACCAUCCAUAGCCAGCACUGAGAAGUUGAUAUUUCUUGAUGAAGUGGAGACCGUAAACUUAGAGGCGGAGAAGCUGAAGAGAGAGGGUGUCGAUAUAAUAAUUGUCCUGAGCCACUGUGGAAUUAACGUCGACAGGAUAAUGGCCGCUAAUUGUCCUUUGAUCGAUGUUAUCGUCGGUGGACAUUCUCACACAUUUUUGUAUUCAGGUGAUAAACCGCCAUUUGUUGAUACGCCCGAAGAUGUUUAUCCGGUGGUAGUAACCCAGGAUAACCCAUUCCGAACAGUUUUAAUAGUUCAGGCUGCGGCAUUUACCAAAUAUGUCGGAAAUUUGACAGUUUGGUUCAACGAAGCGGGUGAAAUUGAAGACUGGGACGGGAACCCGAUUCUCCUGGACGCAGGAAUUCCUGAAGAUCCCGACAUGCUGAAAGCUCUAGCUCCCUGGAAGAUUGCGGUGGAUAAACUCAGCAACAAGGUGGUAGGAGAAUCCAGAGUAGAACUCCGUCACUUCUGCAGAAUCGGUGAAUGCAACAUCGGAAAUUUGAUCACUGACGCGAUGAUCGACGGCUUCGUGGAAAAGGCGGAGAACAAGAGCUUCUGGAGCUACGCAGCUAUCGCGGUGAUGAAUGGAGGUGGAGUGAGGGCUGGAAUUUCCUCGGCCAGUGGAGUCAUCACUUACGGUGAUGUGGUGGUAGCUCAGCCCUUCGAGAACAUGUGGGAUGCCGUGGAAAUGUUGGGCAAGGACAUCCGAGAGACCCUGGAAGUGAGUGUUGCGAUUGGCUACAAUGACACGAAAUUUCCCAAUCGGGCGUACGUUUUUUGGGCUGGUCUGAGGGUCACCUAUAACCUGACAGCUGAAGUCUACUCCAGGGUUGUAGAUGUCAAGGUUCGAUGCAGAAAAUGUCAAGUGCCUGAAUUCGAGGACCUCAGGGACGACCAGUGGUACAGAAUCGUCAUUCCAUCGUUUCUCCUGUCAGGAGGCGACCGUCACACGAUUAUCCAGAAGAGACACAGGAAUCGAGUUCAUGGAAUGAGGGACAUCGAUCAAUUAACCAAUUUCAUCACAAAAAGGAGCCCUCUGUUCUACGGUAACGAACGGAGGGUCCUUUUUAUUGAUGAGGAUAAUUCCGUGUAAAGUUUAAAGUUUAAGUUUCUUUUCUCUAAAAUUUAAUUUAGAAAAAAAUUUGCCAAUCUAUUACUCCAUUCUAUCGAGAGAUAGAAUAUGUUUUCUCGAACAAUUGUAUCGAUUAUACGUUUGUACAUUUCAGACUACAAAUUCAUUGUGAGAUAUUGAGAUAUUCAAUGUUUUGAGAGAUAAAUUGUAUUUGAAUUUAUAUUUUUAAUGAAUGACUGAAGCUGUUGUGUACUUUUGAAAAUUAAAUUGAUGGGCAGUCUGGAUGUAAAUUACUCAUAGACGGAGACAUGGUAAUGUUUAUAUUGUGAAUAUUGUUGUUGUUCUUCUAUAACUUAUAAUUUUUCAUUGAUUUUCAAUAUUAUAUAAUACACAUAAUAAUAUAAUAUAAUAUAUUAUUUUGUAUAAACUCAAUUCAUAGAUGACAAUAGAAUUCUAGACACAAGAAAAAAAACAAAAAUGAGGAACAAUUUUGGGGUUUAUUAUUGUUGGGUUCUGGAUGGAUGCCGCUUUUGGUUUCAGCUUUUUGCUUGAGAAAUUUUAAACAGCAUCCAUCCGGAAGCCAACAAUACUAAUAAUUAUGGCCGCGAGAGCCUCAAAACUGAGAUUCUAGGGUUUCCCCCUGAGCUCGGAUCUACAUGUUUCCCCAGAUAUUCAAUUUUUCCAAAUUUACCCUUGAUUCUACGUACAUUCAUCUUGUAGAUGAUUUAAAAGAAUGAUGAUUACUUGAAGGGCCUAUUAAAAUCAAAAUUUCUAAUUAAUUUCUUAGAAUGGAGUAUAUACUCCUCAGCUGUAGAGACCACGAAGAGAUAAGGGACAAACUGUCAAUGGAAAAUUACCAGAUGGGUUUCUCACUGAAUUCCCACGAUGUUUUAUUGGAAACAAUCAAAGUCCUCGAAAUGACAAGAUCAGAGACAAAAUCUAAGAAUGUAAACUAUACCCACAAACAAAAAUACAUAUGUAUAUGCAACCUGAAACUAGGUACUCGCUGUUGACCCUGAAAUUCUACAGCGCUGUUAAAUUAAAUUGAUAAUAAUGAAAAUUUAAAUAGAAAAAAAAAUUACACUCUCGAUCCUGAGGGCUGAUCUAAGACUCUUCGGGGAGGGAGUGACUUGAUUUCCAAAAUUUAAACUUUACAUCAACCAAUCGCCGAUUUUACAUCAUAUUCUC